AUGGGAGGUCUGAUAGAUGCGACUUACAACGAACUGGAGCAGGGUGAGCGAGUGGACAUAGGUGCCAUCUUGCUCUUGCUAAGCAUAUUCACCACCACAACUUAUGCUUGGACCACUUUCGACGACUCAAGGUGCCUCUUUGCGAGCUCUGUAGAAGCCAACUCGCAAGCGACUUCGUGGCUGAAGGCUUCCCUAGACGUCGCUGACCACGCGCAUCGCAUCGCUCAUCUCUCCGUGGAGUGUGUUCAGGGUAUGAUCAUCAUGUUUUACGUCUUGUGUAGUUUAGAAGGAGUGUCCUCACGGGCUCGAUCACUUGUAGCGAAAUCCAUAGCAAUGGGCCGCGAGCUAGCCCUACAUCGCAUCGACUACUCCCCGAACGGCCCAUCAAACGAAGUUAAAGGACCAGACACUGUGAAGACGGAGGUUAGUCGUCGUGUCUGGUGGUACCUAACGGCAACGGAUUGGAUGCUUGCUCAGUUUUCUGUUCCACAGGAAGGGACAUACACAAUCCACCCAAAUCACAUGGCUGUCCGAAAACCGCGAAAUGUAGAUGACGACGAGCUCAUCGAUGGACGCGAAGCUCCCGACCAUGCUCCCGAAGAGCCGACAUGUGUUUCGUAUUUCCUUCAGCGCAUCCGACUGGCCGAAGUUUGCCACAGCCUUCUGGAUCGAUCACCGUUUAUUUUGCUCAGCCCAGAAACGCUGGACUACCGACAAGUAUUGGAAGUCGACGCUAGGUUUAAGCAAUUCAUUUCCGAGAUGCCGUCGUUUUUUUCGCUGGACGAUUCGAGUUUGAAAAAUCUUGCCCUUGAUGAUCCAAGAUGCGCACCCAACAUCACUGUCCAGCGGUACACACUGAACUUGCUCUUGCACCGACAGCUCUGCAAAUUGCACCUACCCUACCUCGCUCGCGGAGCGGUGGAAACGCCGUUUGUAUAUUCCCGGGAGAUGUGUCUCAAGUCAGCCAGGAUUAUCAUUAGUGUAGAACAUCAGCUGAGGAGAGAAAAUCUGGCCUAUGUUUCGUUCAGACAAAGGAUGAAUAUGGUUCUUCGAAGUGUUUUCAUCGCCACAAUUGCCCUGGUUCUCAACGCUUGUCUGGGAGGGGACGAAGACAGUGCCACAGCCAGCGGAGAAGAGGUGGCGGAUGCUUGGAGGAUACUGGAGGAAGCAAGGCAUCAAUCUCCGGUGGCCUCGAAACUCCUUGAGCUGUCAGUUCAAGUGCUGAAGAAACACCGGGGGAAUCAUCCAGCCCUUGACGCGGUGAAGAGCCACAGCUCAGGAAGAGGCCGACCGCAAGGCGGUUCACCACCAAUGACACCCGACUCUGGGCAUCGAGAUGACGGAACAAAUGGUAUGCUACCACCACAGGCGAACCCUGAGUCGGAGACUGCAUAUCUUGAGCAGCAGUGGCAAGCUCUGCAAGGAAGGAUGGACUUGGACGCUAUUGAUUGGGACAGACUUUUUUGGGGCCUAGAUGCGCCUUUCAUAUAG